AUGCCGGAACACGACCCUUUCGUCCUUUCUUACUCUCACCUGAAGGACUUCCCUCGAGAAAAGGAGGCUCUCCAUGCCUUGAGGAAAGUUGCUUCCCUGGUGAAACCUAUUAUGCGGGCUCGAGGAUGGGUGGUUCGGGAAUUAGCUGAAUUCUAUCCCGAUCAGCAAAACUUGCUGGGGUUAAAUGUGAACAGAGGACAGAAGAUCCUCCUGCGGUUGCGAUACCCCGGCGACCGUACCCUGUUCCUCCCCGCUGAGCAGGUGGCAGACACCAUGCUCCACGAGCUCUCCCACAUUGUCCACGGGCCACACGAUGCGAAAUUUCACGCACUCUGGAACCAACUGCGGGAGGAGCACGAAGCUUUGGUGCGGAAGGGCUACACUGGCGAAGGAUUCCUCUCGGACGGCAAACGCCUUGGCGGUCAGCGGAUCCCCAUGCACGAGGCCCGCCGCCUCGCAAGGGCGGCUGCAGAAAAGCGACGCGCACUUUCUGCAGGCUCCGGCCAGAGACUUGGCGGCGCCGCGCCUCGGCCCGGCGAGGACAUGCGCCGGGUCAUCGCCUCCGCCAUCGAGCGGAGAAACCGGACCUUGCAGGGCUGCGGAAACACCAACCAUAACGAGAGCGAGAUCCGCGAGAUUUCCGACACCGCCUCGCGGAACGGGUUCAAGACGCAGGCAGAAGAGGAUGCCGCGAACGAGGCAGCAAUCGCCCAAGCUCUUUGGGAGCUUGUCCAGGAGGAUGAGAAGGCGAAGUAUGGGAGCUCGUACAUCCCGCCAAGCGCUAAGAACCCGGCAGGAAAUGGUGGUAGGGGAGCCGUAGUUUCCACCCAAGACAACCUAGGCCAACUACAGACCCAGCAACAGCAUGUACCCGAACCGUCGGCUGCAGGCUCGUCGACGCCGGAGGUGCCGCCCGCCUCCUCUGGACCAUUUUCUGGGUGGACCUGUGGUAUUUGCACUUUACACAACCCCACAGAGUUUCUGUGUUGUGAUGCCUGUGGCACUGAGAGGACAGCAGAGAAAGCAGCGAAACGGUCCAGGCCAGCAGCGGUUGUUGACUUGACAGGGAGCCGGGCCAAGGCUGCAAAGAGCAAGGCCACGGAUAUUGCUCAAAAUCGAGCCCCUGCACCGCCAGCGACAUGGCAAUGCUCUUUCUGUGGGAAUAAGAUGGAGAGACAAUGGUGGACUUGCUCGACCUGUGGUAAGAUGAAGGACAGUUCUAGAUGA